CACUUACUUAUUCACACUAAAUAACGAGGUGAAUUAUUCUAGUAUAUGGUAAAUCUAAUGCGGUUUACAAACAUAAUUAGGAAGAAUAUUGUUUUAUAUCGUCAUUACACUUAUCUUGACUUUUAGUAAACGAUUAUGUGUGCAUCACACGGUUUUUAUGAUACGAAUCCAUUAACCUGGUAUUUAUUUUCAAUGUUCUCCUUCAACGGCGCGCUUUUUUCCGAAAUACUGUUUAACAGUUCAUUUUUGUUACUUCAUGUGCUAACCACAUUUGAGUGUAUUCUGAAAUUGAUAACAGCUCAAACGUCUUUAAAA